AUGAGCCUGUUGAUCGGAAGGGACCACCAGACUGGUAAUGACACGCUUCAGCGAUCAGUCCAGGAGAAAAGAACAGUGGGCUUUCACCUCCCUUCCUACUUAAGCAGGACGCUCGCACAGGUUCCCCCCCAGCCCACCUCAGAUCCUCACACCUGCCUGGAACCGGCCAUGAUCUGGACCGCAGCUCUCCUGAUGACCGUCGUUCGCGCCGCUAAUCCAGAGGACUACUGUUACGACGAGCCACAAUGUGACCCUUAUGCAUGGGGUGACCUUUUCCCAUCAUGUCACCCUUUACUUGAACUCCACCACUCUCCGGUCAACCUGGACGACGGCAUGACCAGAAACGCCUCCCUGGGGCCUUUGCACCUCGAGGGCUUCGAAGCGGUCCAGACGGGCCACUGGACGCUGAGCAACGACGGUCACUCUGUCCUGCUGCACGUGGGCAGCGGCAUGGCGGUGAGCGGCGGAGGCCUUCCAGAUGUGUACCACACCGUCCAGCUGCACUUCCACUGGGGGGGGCCCUCCACCAACGGCUCUGAGCACACGGUGGACGGACGCAGAUACCCGAUGGAGAUGCACGUGGUCAACAUGAAGUCCGUCCACCCCAACAUGUCCGCGGCUCUGGACGACCCGACGGGAGUGGCCGUCCUCGGCUUCUUCGUGGACGUGGUUUACGCAGACAACCCCCACUUCGGACACAUAGCCCAGAAACUCUCCUCCGUUGCUUACAAAGGUCAGACGGCUAAAAUCAAGCCGUUUCCGCUGAUGAGCCUCCUGCCCACGCACAACCUGAGCCAGUAUUACCGUUACUACGGCAGCCUGACCACCCCGCCCUGCUCCCAGGCGGUCGUCUGGACCUUGUAUGAGGUCCCCAUCUACAUCUCAUGGUCCCAAUUGGCUCAGUUCACCUCCCAGAUCUUCUCCACCGAGGAGGAUGCCCAACAGGUGACGCCUCUGCAAAACAAUUUCAGGCACGUGCAUCCCACCUACAGUCGCACGGUGUCGGCCUCCAGAGACGCCGGACUCCUCAGAGGGACGUCCGGUCAGUCCCUCAGGUCAGCGGCCUCAGCGCGUCUGCUUCUGAUCGCCCUGCUGGGAAGGGUCAUCCCUGGACUCUAGCGCUGGGUGGAGUCCUAAAGACGCAUUAUGAGUAGAAGCCAGAGGGUCCGAUAAUCGUCUGCUCUGUGUUUAGGGUCCGGGUUGUGUUUUGAAGUCUUGUUACCAUAAAAAUAGUUUUUUUUUCUUUUUUUUCUAGAUAAUUUUUUGUUCAAUAUCCUUAAAGGGACUAAACCAGGGAAUACGGGACCUAAAAAAAAAAUUAAUGUAACCGGAAAGAAAAACAUUUACAUAAUGUUUUGCGUUCAGACAAGUUUCUGAUUUCAUCAUGUAUACAGUUCAGAAACAUUUUAGCAAAAACUAUGCAUGAAAAAACUGUGAAGAAUAAUACUGUCAAUGCCAUUGAAUGAUUCCUAUUUAUGCAGAUUGGCUCAGCUCCAUUAGCACGCUGUUAUCUGCGCUGAAUGAGCAGAAGUAGGAUAAAAUGUGAUUAACUAUGCCGGUCGUGUCUGUAUUCAUUGCCACCCACGUUUGCGUCGCAUUGUCUUUAAAAAAAUUGUAAAAAUCUAACAUAAAAAUUAACAGCCUUUA